UGCAAAUCAAAGUGGGAUAUGUUUUCACUUUUAUUUUGUAUUUUUGUUUACAUAAUUACAACGGUUUUCCAUUUUCUAUUUAAUUAUUUGGUUGCAUUAGAUUACUCGAUCCCAGAGCAUUACAUUUUAUUGAUAACUUAGCAUUUCUCUUUGAUGGUUUCUUGGAUUUUUUCCUAUUGGUAUUGGUGUCCAAUACAGGAACCUUAAAUGGUAUGCUUUUACUAUUUAGGAAUUGUAUUUUUUGUUUCUUAUUAUCUUUCACUGUGAUGUAGUAGAUGUUUUUGCAUUUUUGAGAGGAAGCUGGGAUGUCUCUUUCUAGAUGGAAAAGUAUGAAUAGUAGCAUUGAUGUCUUUUGGUUGGGAAAUAAAUAAGGUGAAACAUCUGUUAAAUUAUGAAAUAUCACUUUUGAUAAUUUGAGUUCUCAAAAAGUUUGAGUUGAAGAUGGAAGAGAUACAGUCUCAAUCAGAUAACUAUAGGUCUUCGUCAUCUUCGGCAAGUAGUCCUGCAAGCAGAGUGCCUUCAAGUAACUUUUUCUACUUGCGGAAGCCUGGUUCGCUUAGACAACCAAUCUCAUUUGAGGAUUCACCAGAGUGGGAGGAUACAGAUAUUGAUGUUAGAGUGGAGGAAGGAGGUGACUCAAUCAAUGUUGUCACCACACCAGCGUCUCCAUCCCUGUCAAAGCUCAAUAGUGGAUCACUGCCAUCCCCACCAUUACCAGAGAAUGCAGUUGUUGCUAGAAAGAUUGCAGGAGCUUCGAUUGUAUGGAAAGACUUGACUGUUACAAUCAAGGGUAAAAGGAAGUACUCAGAUAAAGUUGUCAAGAGCUCAACAGGUUAUGCACUACCAGGGACGAUGACAGUAAUCAUGGGUCCUGCAAAGUCUGGGAAAUCCACGUUGCUAAGGGCUAUUGCAGGAAGAUUGCAUCAUUCAGCCAGAAUGUAUGGUGAAGUAUUUGUCAAUGGUGCCAAAUCACACUUGCCUUAUGGCUCAUAUGGUUUUGUUGAAAGGGAAACUACUCUGAUUGGAUCUCUUACUGUCCGAGAAUACUUAUACUACUCUGCACUUCUUCAACUUCCUGGUUUCUUCUGCCAGAAAAAGAGUGUGGUAGAGGAUGCUAUCCAUGCCAUGUCCUUGAGUGAUUAUGCAAACAAAUUGAUUGGAGGCCACUGUUAUAUGAAAGGCCUUCCUAAUGGUGAGAGAAGACGUGUUAGCAUUGCCAGGGAGCUUGUGAUGAGGCCCCAUAUCUUAUUUAUAGAUGAGCCCCUUUAUCAUCUUGAUAGUGUUUCUGCUCUUCUAAUGAUGGUUACACUAAAGAAACUUGCCAGCACUGGUUGCACUCUUAUCUUUACCAUUUACCAGAGCAGCACAGAAGUAUUUGGCCUCUUUGAUCGGAUCUGUCUGCUAUCAAAUGGAAAUACACUAUUUUUUGGAGAAACUUUGGCAUGCUUGCAGCACUUCUCAAAUGCUGGAUUUCCUUGCCCAAUUAUGCAAAGUCCUUCCGAUCACUUCUUACGUGCAAUAAACACGGAUUUUGACAGGAUUAUUGCAAUGUGCAAAAACUGGCAGGAUGACCAUGGAGAUUUCUCUUCGGUAAAUAUGGAUACUGCUGUUGCUAUACGCACACUAGAAGCAACAUAUAAAUCAUCAGCAGAUGCUGCUGCGGUUGAAACAAUGAUAUUGAGACUCACAGAAAAGGAGGGUCCACAUCUUAAAAGUAAGGGCAAAGCUAGCAGUGCUACUAGGAUUGCAGUUUUGACUUGGAGAUCAUUAUUAAUUAUGUCAAGGGAAUGGAAAUACUAUUGGCUUCGUCUAAUUCUUUGUAUGCUUCUCACACUAUGCAUUGGGACAGUAUUUUCUGGUCUGGGACACUCAUUGUCUUCUGUUGUGACAAGGGUUGCAGCAAUAUUCGUAUUUGUAUCAUUUACUUCACUUCUAAGCAUUGCGGGAGUUCCUUCACUUCUGAAGGAAAUCAAGAUAUAUGCCUGUGAAGAACCAAAUAAGCAUUCUGGGGCAUUAGUGUUUUUACUUGGGCAGCUUCUCUCCAGCAUCCCAUUCCUUUUUCUCAUCUCCAUCUCAUCAAGUCUUGUCUUCUAUUUCCUGAUAGGGUUGCGGGAUGAAUUCAGCUUAUUAAUGUACUUCGUUUUGAAUUUCUUCAUUUGUCUUGUGGUAAAUGAAGGACUAAUGCUGCUUAUCACUUCCCUUUGGCAACAUCUUUUCUGGAGUGUCUUGACACUGGUAUCAGUACAUGUGUUAAUGAUGCUUUCAGCAGGGUAUUUUAGAAUUCGAAAUGCUUUGCCAGGACCCAUGUGGACAUAUCCAGUAUCCUACAUUGCUUUCCACACUUACUCUAUUCAGACUUGUCAUCUGUUUUCACAAUAUAGGGACUUUUGGAGAAUGAGUACCUAGGAACUUCAUUCGCUGUUGGAGAAGUAAGGACCAUUUCCGGCUUUCAAGCCCUUCGAAGUGCAUAUGAUAUCUCUUCUGACAGUAACUCUAAAUGGGAGAAUCUGUUGGUAUUAUUUCUCAUGGCAAUUGGGUAUCGUUUUCUAGUGUUUAUUGUACUGCAUUUUCGUGUAGGAAAAAACGAAUCUGUACUUAAGUUUUGCCGUUGUAAUCGGGAUACGGUCAAUCCAAGAUGAAUGGAAGGUGGACUUGUAGUCUUGUUUCUAUUCAAGUUCAAUGUUUCCCUUUUACUCAAAUUCAUUGCUUGUUUCAUUUAUUAGAAACUUAAUGACAGAAAGUUAGAAAUGCAUUCCACAUUCUAAUGAAGGCAUUUUAUAGUUCAGCGAUA